AUGAUAUUUUCACUAAAAACUGUAUUACUGUCAGCACUAAUAGUGGUGGCUCUGGUUGUGUCCAUUGAUGGCCACCUGUGCUAUACUGACGCCGACUGUCAAAACAACGAUUGUUGUUCAGUAGACAUGAAAAACCCGGCCCAAUACGGAGAAUGUACCAAGACCUGUUCGUGUGAUAAAGGAUUGGUGUGUAAACGUAUACCUGACGGUCCCAAAGCACCUAUUUGUCAAAAACAAGCAUGAUCGUCUUGAGUAAACCGCCCAUGUUUAUA